AUGCCUCGGCCCGGCCGAAACACGUACAGCGACCAGAAGCCGCCUUACUCUUACAUCUCGCUUACUGCUAUGGCCAUUCAGAGCUCCCCAGAGAAGAUGCUGCCCCUGAGCGAAAUUUACAAGUUCAUCAUGGACCGCUUCCCCUACUACCGGGAGAACACGCAGCGCUGGCAGAAUAGCCUGCGCCACAACCUUUCUUUCAAUGACUGCUUCAUCAAGAUACCGCGGCGGCCAGACCAGCCCGGCAAGGGCAGCUUCUGGGCGCUGCACCCUAGCUGCGGCGACAUGUUCGAGAACGGCAGCUUCCUGCGGCGCCGCAAACGCUUCAAGGUGCUCAAGUCUGACCACUUGGCGCCCAGCAAACCGGCCGACGCGGCUCAGUACCUGCAGCAGCAGGCCAAGCUGCGCCUUAGCGCCCUGGCAGCUUCGGGCACCCACCUGCCCCAAAUGCCCGCGGCCGCCUACAACUUGGGCGGAGUGUCACAGCCGUCGGGCUUUAAGCACCCUUUCGCCAUCGAGAAUAUCAUCGCUCGCGAGUACAAGAUGCCCGGGGGCUUGGCUUUCUCCGCCAUGCAGCCAGUGCCCGCCGCCUAUCCUCUCCCGAACCAGUUGACUACCAUGGGCAGUUCCUUGGGCACUGGCUGGCCCCAUAUGUACGGCUCGGGCAUGAUCGACUCGGCCACUCCUAUCUCCAUGGCAAGCGGCGACUACAGCGCUUACGGGGUACCACUGAAGCCGCUGUGCCACGGAGGGCAGACACUGCCCGCCAUCCCGGUCCCCAUCAAGCCCACGCCGGCCGCUGUGCCCGCCCUGCCCGCCUUGCCCGCGCCCAUCCCCACCCUGCUCUCGAACUCGCCCCCCUCUCUCAGCCCCACUUCUUCGCAGACAGCGACCAGCCAAAGCAGCCCCGCCACCCCCAGCGAGACUCUCACCAGCCCGGCUUCCGCCUUGCACUCUGUGGCCGUGCACUGACCCGGAGCGGCUGGGCCCCACUACCCCCUCCCUGCUUCUCUUCCCUUUUCCCUAGCCCCACGCAGUCCCCGUUUCUGAGUCUCUCGGAGGUGUCUUCUCACCACCCACCCCACACCUGCUUCCUCUAUCCCCAACUUCCCCCAGGCCACAUAAGACCCCCAUUUCAACGGAGUGCAGGCUAGCUGCGCCAGGGUUGAAACUCCGACCAUUCCCGUUUCCCUUUGGUCCGGGCCCCGGGCUUCUAGAACUUUGUUUUGGACUGCAAAGGAAACAACACAAAAACUUGGGAGAGUCCAAAAACUUGGUGCCUCUGGGUGUGCGGGAAUUUUCGUGGCCCAUCCCCCACCGGAGGGGAAGGCUGAAGUUGGGUCACUCCCCCAUAUCUAUCCCCCAACCCCUACCCCACUGUGGGGUUAGGAGAGAAGCCCCCGUCUGGCACUCCCAGGCAUCCUGCCGAACCCGAACCCUCCAAGGCUUCUUGACGUCCCCCUUUUGGCAGAGUCAGCAGUUCAGAAAUAACCUAAACCGCCUCUGAGCAGAUUCCCUCUACUCUUCUACCUGCACCUACUCUGGGCUCACCACCACCAGACGCCUUCAGCUGUGAGGCGGCAGGGCAGGCCACUUGAGGUCUCGAACCUCUGUUUAUGUCUUAUCCAGAAGCUAGGGAUGGGACCACCAAGGCCAGAACUCCCACGCAGCCCAACCCCCCGGUCCUUACCCACGGUCACCCACUUCUCAGUGCUUCCCGGACAGCAGCCAGCAAGUUC